AUGAAGUUCGUUCCCGUUGUAGGUGAGGAGGUUGCAUUAGCGGCCGGCCUCGCUACCCUCGGACGCAUAAUUGCCAUUGCUAGCGAGCUUGGUAACGCCGCACUUGCUAUCUACGAUACUGUGCAAGACCCCAAAGCCGCGGUCGUUAACAUCCUGGGCAUGCUGAUCGGUGUUGGCUCGAUUGCCAAAGUUGCACGCACUGGAGAAGGAAUUGGCGGCGUCGCUAAGCUAAGGCGUGAAAUGACUGCGGCGGACGUCGCGGGGCUUGGGUCUGUCUUCAAGAACAGCGAUGACAAGCUGCAGAACAUUAUCAAAGUUUGCAGGCAGUCUUGAAACGGGGCAUACUGGUGUUUGGUACACACAGCUUGUGGACGGGGCUGUCUGUUCGAACCUCACAAAGUUUCCAUGAAUCCGUCGAAGGAAGUCACUUGGGAGCCUGCAUUAGUUUGGGUACCCACAAAUCGCAUCGAAACGC